CAAAGACAACAAAAAUUUCCCAGCUUAAAUUGUUUUUCCAAAAUAUGAAAUCAUUUGAAAAAUGGCAACAGCCAAUGGAGCACUUCGUACCACAAUAACGCUGGCAUUGCUGAUGCUAACGACGCAUUCGCCUGGCAUUGAAUGUAGGCCUGAACCCAAAUCAGGUUUUCUCGGCGGGGUGCUUGGUGGAGCCGUUGGCUCCAUGAUUGGCAAAAGCAUCAGUGAUCACACUAGCCAUCAUAAGAAAUAUCAAAGCGUGCCCCAAACCACCAUCGAAACACGUGAAACAUAUUCGAAUGGCUGCUACAAACAAGUGAUCAAGGAACCAAAUAUCUCUAGCCCUGGCACGUUCAUUGAGACCGAACAAAUUAUAUGUCCACCAAAUGUUGCUCCGCCAGUGGUUAAUGUCAUGACACAGCCUGCAAGUGUUCCUGUUGUUGGAGUAAUGCCAGCACAAACACCAGUUACAACUGUAUAUCAAACAAAUGCAGUGGCAUCAUCUCCAGCCAUUGUUAGCACCCAACCCCAUAUCACAGUUCUCUCCAAGAAAAUCGGUUCUUAUGGUAAUGGUGGUAACAGCUUGACAAAAACGGGGUUGUUUGCAGUAAUACCCUUAGUAUUUUUGAUUCAAUUUAUGUAGAACAUUAUCAUUGGUAUCUUUAAAUAAAUAUAUUGUUGGAGGGAAGUUUGGUACUUUAUGAUA